AUGGCUUCAUGGUGGAAGACAAUAAAGAGCUUGCUGCCGGCUAUAGUUGAUAUCCAGAAUUACAGUUUUCGACAUAUAAAUGCAGAGGUACGUUUCAAGAGUGAGGGUGUAGUAUGGAAAUUUACUGGCUUCUACGGGCACUUGGAGACUGCAAGAAGGGAAGAAGCUUGGUCUCUUCUCCGACAUCUUUCUCACAUGCAACCUGUUCCUUGGUUGUGUGUGGGGGAUUUUAACGAGAUUGCCACGGCUGACGAAAAGGGAGGUACCACUGUUAGAUCGCCUCGUCAAAUGGCAGCGUUUCAGAGUGCUCUUGAGGAUAGCCAACUCUUUGAUCUUGGUUAUAUAGGCCCAAAGUUCUCUGGAGCUGGAAGCUGGAAAAAAUGCAAGAGUUUCAGAUAUGAUGCUGGGUGGAAUUCUCAUGUUGAAUUACAACCUUUGAUUCAACAAGUUUGGAGGGCUAAACCUCCUAAACAGAACAAAUGGCAUACUGUCCAGCAUAAUCUUAGAAGUUGUCAACAUGUUUUUCAACGAUGGAGACUUAAUGGUGAGCUGGAUGUUCUGUUAGAGGAAGAAGAACAAAAAUGGAAGCAAAGGGCUAAGGCUAAUUGGCUCCAAUUUGGGGAUCGUAACACCAAAUUUUUCCACGCGUGUGCUAGUGAGAGACAUAGUGGGAAUAUUAUUUCCAGCAUUAAGGACAAGAGUGGUCUUGUUUGUUCCUCGCAAGAAACAAUUGAAGAUGCCUUUAUAGGUUAUUUUCAGGAGCUUUUUUCCACUGGUGAGCCAACCAACGUACAUGAUUGUACACAAGGCCCUGUUAGCCGAGUGACUCCAGAUAUGAAUGCAAGGCUUAUGGCUGUUUUUACUAAAGAAGAAAUCAGUAGUGCUCUACAUCAAAUGCCCCCCAACAAGACACCGGUCCGGAUGGUUUUUCUGCAGCUUUCUUCCAGCAUAAUUGGCCGGCGAUUCAAGGAGAGACCCAUAAGCCUCUGUAAUGUGCUUUAUAAGAUGGUUUCUAAAGUUCUUGCCAAUAGGUUAAAGGAGGUUUUACCUUUUGUAAUCUCUUCUAACCAAAGUGCUUUCAUCCCUGGAAGAUUAAUCACGGAUAACGUUUUAGCAGCUUAUGAGACUCUGCAUACAAGGCAUACUAACAUGUGGAGUAAGGUGGGAUUCAUGGGCAUUAAGCUUGAUAUGAGCAAGGCUUAUGACCGUGUGGAGUGGAAAUUUCUGGAAGUAGUUAUGGAGAAACUGGGGUUUUCUCAAAGAUGGAUUUCUUUGAUUAUGGUUUGUGUCCGGACAAUCUCUUAUGCAGUGGUGGUCAACGAUGAUGCAGAAGUUCUAGUGGGGGCAUUAGCAAAAUUCUUCAAAGAUUCAUUGGAUGAGUUGGGAGCGUAUGGGUUUUUCAAAGAAUCAGGGGGGAAUGGGGUUCAGAGAUUUGGUUUUGUUCAACCAAGCCCUUUUAGCCAAGCAAAUUUGGCGGUUGAUAGAAGACCCCUCUUCUUUAGUAGCUCGUAUUAUGAAAGCCAAAUAUCAUCCCCAGUGUUCGGUAAUUUGGGGAGGAAACCUUCAUUUGCAUGGAGGAGUAUAUUCUCAGCCCAACCGGUGAUUAAAAAUGGGCUUGUAUGGUGGGUGGGAAAUGGUAGAGAUAUAAAUAUUUGGGGUGAAAAAUGGCUUCCAAUUCCAACAACUUUUGCAGCUCAAACUCCAAGGAGAUUUAUGGUAGAACAAGCUCGAGUUGUUGAACUCAUUGAUCCAAUUACCAAGAGUUGGAAUUUGACACUCAUCCGAGCAGUUUUUCAGGAGGAUGAAGCUAAGAUUAUUUCUACCAUUCCCUUAAGUCCUCUUCAGCCAAAGGAUCAAUUAAUUUGGAGAGGUACUAAAAAUGGUAAGUUCACAGUUAGGAGUGCGUACUAUUUGGCAGUUGAGAAACAAGGACAAAGUAGAGGGGAAAGUUCAGGAACCAGCUCUAUGGAAAAAUUAUGGAAGACGAUUUGGUCUUUAGCUAUUCAGAACUUUGUUAAAAUGUUCCUCUGGAAAGCUUGUAACAAUAUUCUCCCAACUAAGGACAACUUGUUCAAGAGAAAAGUGGUGGACCAUACAACAUGCCCAAUCCGUGAAAGGGAUGAGGAAACAGUUCUCCAUGCUCCGUGGGCCUGUCCAGGGGCUCAAGAUGCUUGGGGGUGUGGACUGGCAAAAUUACAAAAAUUAUCUACUAAUCAACUCAGUUUUCUGAACUUAGUUGAGGAGUUGAUGGACAGAUGUGAUAGUGAGGAGAUAGAAUUGGGGGCCGUGCUAACUCGUAAAAUCUGGCUGCGGCGGAAUUCUGUAGUUUAUGGGGGUUUUUUUGCUUAUCUUGUUCAAUUAUUCAAGGAAGCAAAGGUGAGUGUGGAGGAGUUUCACAGGUUUAAUGACAAAGAAAAUGGGGGUAUUGUACUGCAAGAAAAUCUAUCACUACCUAUUUCGAAGCCACCUCCUAGUGGUAUUUUAAAAGCAAACUGGGAUGCAGUUGUGAAGGCACAAGAGGGACAAGUUGGAGUAGGCAUUAUUAUUCGAGAUUAUGAGGGAUAUGUUUUGGCUGCCCGCAGUACCAAUUUCUUUCUUGCAAUAGAUCCCACAAUGGCUGAGGCAUGGGCGGCUCUUCAAGCAGUCCUUUCUUGUAAGGAGUUGGGUUUUUUUGAUAUUUGUUUUGGAGGAGACUCCCUGCAGGUUGUUAAAGAAUGUUCGACAAAUUUGGGCAACAUGAGCAGAUAUGGCCAUAUUUUGGACGGUAUAAAAUCAGGUUUGCAGUCUUUUAGGUCGGCGAACAUAGUUCAUGUCAAACGUGAGGCCAAUUCUGCAGCUCACGAAUUAGCCCGAGCGGCUGUCACCCAUAUUGUAGACUCAAUCUGGAUGGAAGAAAUUCCUCCUCAGAUCUAUAAUAUUGUAAUUAGGGAACUUGUUGUCCCUAUGUUUUGA